UUUUUUUUUUUUGCUUUUAUUCAUUAAUUUAAUUGGAGGAUAAUUACUUUAGAAAAUUGUGAGGGUUUUUGCCAUAUAUCAACAUGAAUCGGCCACGGGUAUACAUAUGUCCCCUCCUCUUUGCCUUUUAAAACACUUGUAUGAAAAAAUAAAACAAAGAAAAAACCACUUGUAUGUAGGGAAUGUGUCUGUGAACAACAAAGACUCUGUCCUGCAACCUGCUCUUUUACUCAGCAUUUUGUUCUGAGCUCUCCCCCUGUCUGUACAAAUAGAUAUGAGGCAUUCAGUUGAACUAUUGCAUCAUAUCCCAUCAAGUGGCUAUAACACGUUUCAUUGAUCCAUUCUCCCGAUAAACAUUUAGGACAGUUGUUCCCAGGUUUUUAUUCUUACCAACGAACGCUGGCAUGUUGAAUAACACCAGAACGGGCGGUCAUUUUAGUGGAACGCUCUGAAUUGCUUGUGAGCGCUUCUGCUGCGUGAAAAUGCCAGAGGAACUAAAUUGAAAGGGACAUCGAACCUUUAAUUUGGACCUUGAGUCAGGACUGAGUUUUGCAACCAUCCAAGGACAGGCGGCGUCAGGCAGCCCUUGUGAGGUCUUAAGCCCCUCCCCGGAGCGCUGUCACCCAGCUGGGAGACUAAACACUCUCCAAGGGUUCCAGCGAAGUCAGGCGCCAAAGGGGUAAAAUGUUUGGGAAGAAUAUGAUGUAUGUCACAAAAAGCAUCUCAAGUAGUCUUUGGGAAAGCCAGAACUUCAUUGGUUUUCCUGUAGUUCGGUACAUCCAGGUGGAGUGGCGGUGGGAAAGGAACACAGUCCCCAGUCUUUAGGGCGGGCCCCGAGCAGCGGUCUCUGGGGAGGCGGGGGCGGAAGGGGGGUCCCCCGAACGAGUGGUGACCCGAAAUCCAGGCCGCAUCCACCGCCGGGCGCCUGGGGCAGGGGUAGCAGCCGGGCACGUGAGCGGAGCCUCGAGGCGGGGCCGCGGGUGACUCGCAGGCUUGGGGAAGUUUCCGAGGCUCAGCCACCGCCCCGCAGUCCCCGCGUUUGACUAAAUGAAGCGAGCGCAGCCGGCACGUCCGGCCUGCGCGAAGUGCCGCGGCAGCGGCGGGGAGAAGCCUGGCAGGUGACGCCGCGGGCGGAGGCAAAGUUGCAGCGCCGCCUCCCGCGCUCCCGCUCCCCGGCAGGUCUCUUCCCUCCUCGCGGGUCCGCAACCUCUCCCGACCCCGCUCCAGGCCCUGCCUCACCUCCCUCUCCUCCGCCUCCUCCCCUAUCUUCUCCCUGCCCUCAGCCUCGCCGCUACUUUCGUCUCCUCAGGCUCCCGCCUCCCUCCUCUCCUCGGCGCGCGGCCGAGCCCUCGGGGGCGCGCGGCGGGCGCGGGUGGCUCCGAGCCGGGGUUUCCAGAGGCCGCAGCCAAUCUCCGCGCAGCCCGCGGCCGCGUCGCGCCCGAGCCGGGACCCGCCGGCUCCUCCCUUCCCGCCCCCCGCGCGCCCGUCGGGGCCGCGGAGAGGAGCGCGCGGCCGCGCCGAGCCGAGCGGAGCCGAGCGGGGGACGCAGAGCGCGGGAGGAGGCGGCGGCGGCGGCGUGGAGCCCAGGUGGCGCUGCUGCCGGAUGGGAGUGCCCGGGCACAUCUGUGUCGCAGGAGGUCUGCACAUGCACCAUGUCAUCAUGCGUCUCUAGCCAGCCCAGCAGCGACCGGGCCGCCCCCCAGGAUGAGCUGGGGGGCGGGGGCAGCAGCAGCAGCAGCGAAGGUCAGAAGCCCUGUGAGGCCCUGCGGGGCCUCUCCUCCCUGAGCAUCCGCCUGGGCAUGGAGUCCUUCAUCGUGGUCACCGAGUGUGAGCCCGCCUGCGCCGGGGACCACGGCCUGCCCCGGGACCAGCCCCUGCAGGCCCAUGGCGGAGAGAUCACCCUUGACACCUCUGGGUCUCAGGCCCGGCCCCACCUCUCCAGUCGCAAGCUCUCUCUGCAGGAGCGGUCCCUGCUGGAUGCCAAUGGGCGCUGCGUCUGCCCCGCGCUGCCCCACUCGCCAGUGGGCUCCCCGCAGUCCUCGCCGCGGCUGCCCCGGCGCCCCACGGUGGAGUCACACCACGUCUCCAUCACUGGGAUGCAGGACUGUGUACAGCUGAAUCAGUACACACUGAAGGAUGAGAUUGGAAAGGGCUCGUAUGGCGUGGUCAAGUUGGCCUACAAUGAAAAUGACAAUACCUACUACGCAAUGAAGGUGCUGUCCAAAAAGAAACUGAUCCGACAGGCGGGCUUUCCACGUCGCCCCCCUCCCCGAGGUACCCGACCAGCCCCUGGGGGCUGCAUCCUGCCCAGGGGCCCAAUUGAGCAGGUGUACCAGGAAAUUGCCAUCCUCAAGAAGCUGGACCACCCCAACGUAGUGAAGCUGGUGGAGGUCUUGGAUGACCCCAAUGAGGACCAUCUGUACAUGGUGUUUGAACUGGUCAACCAAGGGCCUGUGAUGGAAGUGCCCACCCUCAAACCACUCUCUGAAGACCAGGCCCGUUUCUACUUCCAGGAUCUAAUCAAAGGCAUCGAGUACUUACACUACCAGAAGAUCAUCCACCGGGACAUCAAACCUUCCAACCUGCUGGUGGGAGAAGAUGGGCACAUCAAGAUCGCGGACUUUGGUGUGAGCAAUGAGUUCAAGGGCAGCGAUGCCCUUCUAUCUAACACUGUGGGCACGCCGGCCUUCAUGGCUCCUGAAUCGCUCUCGGAAACCCGGAAGAUCUUCUCCGGGAAGGCACUGGAUGUUUGGGCUAUGGGUGUGACACUGUACUGCUUUGUGUUUGGCCAGUGCCCAUUCAUGGACGAGCGGAUCAUGUGUUUACACAGUAAGAUCAAGAGUCAGGCCUUGGAAUUUCCAGAUCAGCCUGACAUAGCCGAGGAUUUGAAGGACCUGAUCACACGCAUGUUGGACAAGAACCCUGAGUCGAGGAUCGUGGUGCCAGAGAUCAAGCUGCACCCCUGGGUCACGAGGCAUGGGGCGGAGCCGCUGCCAUCGGAGGACGAGAACUGCACACUGGUCGAGGUGACCGAAGAGGAGGUCGAGAAUUCGGUCAAACACAUUCCCAGCCUGGCAACCGUGAUCCUGGUGAAGACCAUGAUACGAAAACGCUCCUUCGGGAACCCGUUUGAGGGCAGCCGGCGGGAGGAGCGUUCCUUGUCAGCGCCCGGAAACUUGCUCAGCAAAAAACCAACCAGGGAGUGUGAGCCCCUGUCUGAGCCCAAGGAAGCAAGGCAGCGAAGACAGCCUCCAGGGCCCCGACCCGGCCCCCGUAGAGGAGGAGGAAGUGCUCUCAUGAAAGGCGGCCCUGGCGUGGAGAGUUGGGGGGUCCCAGGCCCCGGCUCCGUAGAGCACACUCAUCCUGCGUGGCCGGACGAGGUGAUGGAGUAGCCGCCGGACCGCCGCGACUGCGCAUGCACGUCUCACCUCCGCUGGCGGCGCCCUGUGUUUCCAUAGCAGCAUGUCCUACGGGAAACCGAGCACGUGUGUAGAGCCUUGACCGUCAUCUCUGGUUGUUUUGUUUUGUUUUGUUUUUAGUUUGUUUGAUUUCUUUCUUAUUUUAAAGGGGACAAAAAAAAAAAAAGACGACUCCAUGACAUCGACUUUGGCCGCUGGCUGGCUGAAUGGGCGGGUGUGAGGAGUUGCAGACCCAAAGCCACGUGCAUUGGGGGACAAUUGCUUUUUAAGACGUUUUUAUGCCAAAAAUCCUUCCUUGUGAACUCAGAAUGGUGUCAAGUGAUACCAAGUGAAUGUGUGUGAGGUUUGAACGUCGGGAAGAACUGGCAGGAAACUCUGAUGGUGUGGUCCGAGGCCACACUUGGCUGCAUUUGAAAGGGAGAGGAAGGGCAGGUGUGACUUCAUGCAAAACCCCAAACCGUGGCACCUUCUAGAAUGUGGAUUCAUGGAGUCAGGACAGGGCUAGCCCUCAGUAUCAGCUGCAGCCUGAUUCGAUGCAACUUAUUCCUAAGAAGGACUAUAAAUUUUUUUAAUGAGUAGAGCUGUAAUCAGGAAAACGGAAAGGGCUUGAUACAUAAGAGCUUGGCAGGGGGCAGAUUUUCCAUUGCCAGAAGGGCAUUCGGUGGUUAUGGUGGGAGGUCUCCCCUCAAGGAUUAAAUAAGUGUGUUUAUGACAGCCACUUAGAGCUGAAACUUUUCUUAAAUAGUUGAAGGAGCUCUAGUAAAUCUCUUGUUAAAUUACAGAAACUUCAGGGUGACAUUAAAUCCUACACUUCCAUGUACGUUACAUGGCUUAAGAAUAAACAACAACAAAUACUUUCAAUUUUCUAACUAGUCUGAACUCUUGAGCAGUUCAGAAAUCAUUUCGAGCUUCCAGGAGCUAUCCCAUGGCUUCAGGUGUGUGAUCAAGAGUUAGCGCCAAUGACAUCUAUCCUGUGUAUUAGCAGCUCAGCUUGCUUAUAACCUGUGUAUUCUAGAGGCUGCUAAGAUUCUGUUUUCUUCUUCAGCACUAGCUGAUUGUUGUAGUCAGUGAAACAGUUAUCCAGUUUGUGGAGGGCUAGUUAGGAAAUACUUUCAUUCAGCUGAGACAUAAACGAUCAUCCUUAUUGGCAAAGCUCUGUUAGGAUCUAAACAAUAACUGUAGGGCACCCUUUUAGAGAAGAUUCUUGAAACCUAGAGCAGUCUUCAGGUCCAAGGCAACCAGGGCUUGGCACAGGAAGUCCCCUUUUGUAGCCAGCAGUCCAGAAAGAAAAAAGUGUAUGUUUUUGACUUCCAACUAACAUUGGGAAGUUCGAUUGCAGUUCAAGUGUGACUUCUUCCAGAGUCCCGUGUGGGUAAUUGUGAGGUUCAAGAGGGAGGAAAAUUGGAAGGACUUGGCCUGGGGGAUUCCCAGUGCUUUGUGGAAUUUGCCUUGAGGAAAAGUGUCGGUAAUUGGGAUCAGAAGCAUGAGCUCUUCUGUAGCUUCUGGCUGAUCUGUGUUGAAAGGGGCACUUUCUGCAGACAGAGCAGCAGGUCUUGUGUCUGCUGCCAAGUGUGUUCACAGAGCUUCCGCAGAUCUUCGUAAGCUCUUGACUGUCGUUUAGCCAGACUCUUCUUUCUACCUUAUAAGCAGUACAGUUAGAGAAGGCUGGUUUCCAAGAGUCAAGGACACCCAUCUGAUGGAGGGUCCUCUGGCCUGCUUUCUUUCUGUAAUCUAGUACUUCUUCCUCCUGUGCUUGUUUAAAUCUACAGGCUCCACCCCUCCUGGGAACAAAUGGGUCUGGUUAGUUUGCAGUAAGCACCUUGCAGUGGUUCAAGUCAGCCUGCUCUUCGUCUUAGUCCGUGUGGACGCUGACCUGGUAGUGGGGGGCUCGCCCGGAGAGGCAGGGGCUGAUAGCAUGCAUAGCCUCUGCAGAACUCCUCCUGUGUUUACACAACUGCAUCGGGCGAUGCCAUCUCUCCCGCCAUGAAAUCCACUGAAGAUUUCACAUGUGGAAAGCCAGCGAUCAGGCAGCACUGAACUGUUCAGGCAGGUGGGUUGGGGGAGGCCCAUGUUCAUUACUGUUUUUUUUUUUUUUUUUUUUUACACUAAGAAACACCAAAGAAAGCUGUGGAAAAGAACCACCCCACCGAGAAAAGGAUGAGCAGGGAGGGCUGUAACAGAAAGCAUUAGAGCUACUUGGAGCGCAGACUCUUGGGGUUUGUCUCCACUCUUAGAGCACAAACACUGAUUUUUUUUCCCAAAGCCAACUCUGUCAGAAAAGGGCAGAAGCUGUUAUGAGCAGCUUUUCUACGUAAGCAAAAAGGAUGCCUAUCCUUCUCUUCCAUUACUGGCUCAUCUGUGGGACCAAUUUUUAAGCAAGCGGUGGCCUGCGCCUGUGGCCUUGAAGAAGCACAUGUUCUCUAUCCAUCUUUCUUCCGCCCUGUUUCACUUCCCCAUCUGUUCCACAGCCUGGCCGGUGGCUCCCAUAAAGCCUUAUCUAGCCCCUUGCUGGCACUUGGGGCCGGAGAGGCCAUCUACCCGCUGGUCUGGCCUUUCUCGUAAGCUAGGGCUCUCGUCCUCCAAGCCUUUCAGGAUGAGGCAAAGAACUGUGCAAUUUAGACACAUAGGCUCCACCUGUCGCUCUCACCCAUCUUCCAAAGGGGAGCUUCACAUCACCAGGGGGAAGAACCAAGACCUCCACUCGCUUCCAAGGUGCUAGGGAAGGUUUCAAGGUCAUUGAUUUCAAUCUUCUCUCCAGCUUUACAGGCCGAGUUUCAUGGGACUACUGACUUUUCUAUUCUGUGGUUGAUUUCAUGCCCGAUGCUUCUGUUUUAUUCCUGAUCCUUUCUACUAUGCAUUUUCCUUUUAUCAGGUGUACAAAGUUAAAUACUGUGUAUUUAUCACUGAAAAGUACAUGAACUUAAGAGAAAAAUAAGCCUUCAGUGUUUUUCCACAAAUGUUUAAGCGUCUCUGUAAACUUGAAAUAAACAGCAAAAUGGUGCAAAA